AUGACUGCAACAGGGCUUGCAGUCAAUAGUGUGCUCUCUAGGGAAGAGGGAGCAAGCUACGACUGCCGCGGAGCAAAGGGAUACCCGGGUGAUCCUCCGGUUCUUGCCGUGAAGAAACACUUUGAGAAGAAGAUUCUUGGUAACCUCCCGAUCAGUGUUAUCAGAACCAAUACGCCGAGGGAUUUCCAGAGGUUGUAUGAUGCUGGAGUUACACUGGGGAAUGGGACUGAGGAGGGGAGAGAGAAGUCUCGGGAAUUCCUUAUGGCAACCACUCUUAUAACUCCCACAGCCACACCACCAGACCCCUCACAGAGCUUCAAAAUCUCACAACUCACCAACCCCGAAGAAGUCCUGACUCACCUCCCCCAACUUUGUCAAAUAUUGCAAGACUGUGUCGAUGAAGGCUCUUCUAUUGGUUUCCUGUCUCCACUAUCGAUUGAGAAUGCAGAGAUAUACUGGAAACAGGUCUCCGAGCUCAUAACGAAAGGGAAUCUUCACCUCUUCAUCCUGACUUCUGAGCCCUCGUUCCAGAACAACGUUUCAUCUCCUGUUGAGUCACCUUCAACAUCGGCAACACAGCCAACACUAUUUGGAACAGUACAACUUGUUACGAUACCCAAAGUCACGCACUUCCAUCGGGCCGAGGUCAUCAAACUGCUCGUCUCACCAUCAGCACGACGGCUAGGUAUCGCGAGGAAAUUAAUGAAGCAUGUUGAGGAUUUUGCGAGAGGUACAGGGAGGGAUAUGCUGACACUUGAUACGGCGACAGAGAGUCCUGCUGUGGCGAUGUAUAGAAGGCUGGGCUGGGAGGAGUGGGGGACGUGGGGGAGUUGUGAAUGGGAAUCUUUAAAGUUGCAAGAUAGAAGAGUGGAGAAGGAUCAAGAAAUUUCUCAGGUGUGGGUAGACGUCUCCCUCAAUGCGUCUCGAGCAGCAAGCUACUCAAUCCACAUGCCCACGACUCCAACUCCAAUCCGAGCUCAACCCUACGUUUAG